CACUGAGCAUGGGCAAAGCCAUCUGGGCCACGGUGCGCCUUGGUGAGAACAACAAAGCCAGCCGGAGGAGCCAGCCAACCGUCCGAGCCUGCCUUUUGUUUCCUCCCAGCGCACCGGCUUCGAUGCUCUUUUGCAUCUGCUUCCUUGGACCAUUCUUUGAGCGAAGCAGGCAUCUCUUUCCUCCAUCGUCCCCUUGAGAGCAACACAUCAUCCUAUCUAUCCAUCAACCACUUUCCCGGGGCCUUCCAUAGCAGUCGUUGAGGCAUCAGGUUUUUUUUUUGCAGAGCGGCCAAUGGGAAGACCCUGACGUCAGCCAUUGUUGCUCUCCAUCUUCCUGGGUACCGCGAAUUGGUUGCCGGGGCAACGGGAGAACUUCCUCCCAGGCCAGCUCUCCAUCCUCAGACCAAGGCCCGCCUCUCUCUCUCUCUGUCUUUCUUGGUUUGGGAAGGAUGUCUGUCUGGCAGCGGCUCCCUGUCUGUCUGGUGGCGGCAUGGAGCGGGAAGGCCUAGCCCUGAGGAAGGAACGCCUCUGAAACGCCAAACAAAUGGACAUCAAAGGCCAGUACUGGACCGACGAUGAUUCCGAUGGAGAAAAUGAGUCGGAGGAAUUCUUAUAUGGAGUACAGGGGACCUGUGCGGCAGACCUGUACCGUCACCCGCAGUUGGAUGCCGACAUUGAAGCCGUGAAGGAGUUGUACAGUGAAAAUUCUGUAUCGGUCCGAGAAUAUGGGACUAUUGAUGAUGCCGACAUUGACUUGCAUAUCAACAUAGGCUUUCUAGAUGAGGAGGUGGCAACAGCCUGGAAGGUCCUACGGGCCGAGCCCAUCGUUCUCCGACUGCGGUUCUCCCUUUCCCAGUAUCUGGAUGGCCCCGAACCGUCCAUCGAAGUUUUCCAGCCAUCCAAUAAGGAAGGAUUUGGACUGGGGUUACAGCUGAAGAAGAUCCUGGGCAUGUUCACAUCUCAGCAAUGGAAACACCUCAGCAAUGACUUCCUCAAGACUCAGCAAGAAAAGCGGCACAGCUGGUUCAAGGCCAGCGGCACGAUCAAGAAGUUCCGUGCGGGACUCAGCAUCUUUUCACCCAUCCCUAAGUCUCCCAGCUUCCCGGUCAUCCAGGACUCCAUGCUGAAGGGCAAACUGGGCGUACCUGAGCUGCGGGUCAAUCGCCUCAUGAACCGCUCCAUCUCCUGCACCAUGAAGAACCCCAAGGUGGAGGUGUUUGGCUACCCACCCAGCACCCAGGCAGCGGUCGCCCCAUUCAACAUCCUGGUUGGCGGCCACUGCAAAAACAUCCCCACCUUGGAAUAUGGUUUUCUCGUCCAGAUUAUGAAGUAUGCAGAGCAGAGGAUCCCUACGCUCAACGAAUACUGCGUGGUGUGUGAUGAACAGCACGUUUUCCAGAACGGAUCCAUGCUGAAGCCGGCUGUAUGCACCCGGGAGCUGUGCGUCUUCUCUUUCUACACUCUGGGAGUGAUGUCUGGUGCUGCCGAAGAAGUGGCCACAGGAGCGGAGGUAGUAGACUUGUUGGUGGCCAUGUGCCGAGCAGCCUUGGAGUCCCCACGGAAGAGCAUCAUCUUUGAGCCUUAUCCCUCCGUUGUUGACCCCAGUGACCCAAAGACCCUUGCCUUCAACCCCAAGAAAAAAAAUUACGAGAGGCUGCAGAAAGCUCUGGACAGUGUCAUGUCAAUCCGUGAAAUGACUCAAGGUUCCUAUCUGGAAAUCAAGAAACAAAUGGAUAAGUUGGACCCUCUGGCUCACCCCCUCCUGCAAUGGAUCAUCUCCAGCAACCGGUCCCACAUUGUCAAGCUACCUCUCAGCAGGCAGCUGAAAUUUAUGCACACCUCACAUCAGUUCCUCCUGCUGAGCAGCCCUCCUGCCAAGGAGGCUCGCUUCCGGACAGCCAAGAAGUUGUACGGCAGCACCUUCGCCUUCCAUGGCUCUCAUAUUGAGAACUGGCACUCCAUCCUGCGCAAUGGGCUGGUCAAUGCAUCCUACACUAAAUUACAGCUGCAUGGAGCAGCCUAUGGCAAAGGCAUCUAUCUGAGCCCCAUCUCCAGUAUUUCCUUUGGAUAUUCAGGGAUGGGGAAAGGGCAGCACAGGAUGCCUUCGAAGGACGAGCUCGUGCAGAGGUAUAACCGGAUGAACACCAUCCCGCAGACCCGAUCCAUCCAAUCCAGGUUCUUACAGAGUCGGAAUUUGAAUUGCAUCGCACUUUGUGAAGUGAUCACUUCGAAGGAUCUCCAGAAGCACGGCAACAUCUGGGUUUGCCCCGUGUCGGACCACGUCUGCACCCGCUUUUUCUUUGUGUAUGAAGACGGCCAAGUCGGAGAUGCCAACAUCAAUACUCAGGACCCCAAAAUCCAGAAGGAGAUCAUGCGUGUGAUUGGCACUCAGGUCUAUACAAACUGAGGGGGCGGAGGACCCUCUAUAUUACAACACGUACCAGCAUUGCCCCGUCCCCUUCCCUGGGCCGAAGGGAGCCAGGCAUCAAGAGGCCACCCUACCCGCAAGGCAAUGAUCACCGUGGCUGGCUGGAGACCAAGAGCCCCGGGGGGCAGGUGGUCAACCAGCGUCCCUUCUGAGUGACCCAAGUCCACGGGAAUGGCUCCGGACGGCCGGUGGCUUGUAUGUAGGAUAUAUGAGAGACGCUCCAAGAGCUCCAAGACUUGGACCAUUUCCCCGCGGACACUUGGGAUGGCUGACUUUGCACUCCCGCGUUUACAUCAAGGUCAUUUUUAAUAAUGAAAACAAGCAAAAAAGAGGGAGAGAGAGAAAAACCACACACGAGGGGAAAAAACAUAAGAGCGUGUGAGCAAACAAUUUUAGCAAAUUAAAAUCCUGUUUUAAAAAACA